AUGGGCUGUAGCAGUACUACCACUACCAGCUGCAGCGUGGCCGGGGCUCUCUUGCUGCUGGCGCUGCUAGGAGGAGCCAGCGGUGAGCUGCAGGUCGGCUUCUACUCAGAGUCGUGCCCCAGCGCCGAGUCCACCGUCGCGUCCGUCGUCCGGGGCUUCUCCGCCUCCGACUCCACCAUCCUCCCAUCACUCCUCGCCUUCCAGUUCCACGAUGCGUCAGUGCUGCUGAUCAAGGGCGGGAGCAACAAGGCGGACUUGGACAACGCCAAGCACCAGGGGCUGCGUGGGAUGGACGUGAUCGACAGCGCCAAGGCGCAGCUCGAGGCGCAGUGCCCAGGCGUCGUCUCCUGCGCCGACAUCGUCAUCCUCGCCACGCGCGACGCCGUCGCCUUCACGGGAGGGCCGUCGUUCGACGUGCCGACUGGUCGCCGCGAUGGCAAGGUGUCCAACCUGCGCGACGGCGACGCGCUGCCGGACGUGCACGACUCCGCCCAGGUCCUCCGCUCCAAGUUCGCCGCCAGCGGCCUCGACGGUAAGGACCUUGCCCUCCUUAGCUCGGCGCACACGGUGUGCACGACGGCGUGCUUCUUCACGCAGGACCGCCUCUACAACUUCCCGCUGCCGGGCGGCGGGCGCGGCUCGGACCCGUCCAUCCCUGCCGGCUGUUAUAAUCGAGAUGCACAAUAA